UGGAUGCACAUUCUGUAGACCGAACAAUGGAAGCAGCGCCAGAAGAAGAAGAAGAAAGGCAGGGAAGCCGUCCCAGGUUUGACGCAGUUAGUAACCGUCGUCCUGUGGACUAAUGGUCAACUGUGACGGACUUUGGAUGCCGCCGUCUGCACAGGACCAGGCCUCCCUACACGGCUGCUGCUUCAGAUGCAGGAACCAGGAGCCAGAGAGAGGUGUUCUGCUCCGGGCUCAAGGCGCGUCAGUGUUAAACGGGAAUGAAUCCACCGACGUCGGCUUUUCCGAUGAUGAAUUGCAAGUGAAAACAAACGGUUUCGUGUGUUCGUAGACAUGGCGAGCGUCGCCGUGAACAAGUUCGUGGAGGUCUGCAGAUACCUCCAGGACCCCGUCCAUGUCGCCAGGUUUCAGCAUUUCUGCGGCGUCAAGGGGACAUUUCCGGAGAAACGGACCCAGCCGGACAGCGGGCAGUCGGACCCGGACUGCCCGGGGAUCAGGAAGCGGCUCCGGCGGAGCUCGGAUGAGGCCGUGGGGAACGGGGAUGCCGCCGUGACCCGGGUUAACGGGAAGCAGGAGGAGGAGGAGGAGGAGGAGGACGCGGCCGCCGGGCCCGGUGGUCCGGCAGCGGCGGAGACCGCCCGGGCGAAGCCCCUCCGGAGGAACUCCCUCACCGGGGACGUGGGUCAGGAGUUCCUGAUCCACAACAAGUUCCUCUUCUACCUGUUCACCUUCGGGACGGAGCUCGGCAACGAGAUGUUCUUCAUCGUGUUCUUCCCCUUCCUCUUCUGGAACAUCGACGCCCUGGCCAGCCGGAGGCUGAUCGUGGUCUGGGCCUGGAACCUGUUCGUGGGACAGUCCACCAAGGACAUGAUCCGCUGGUCCCGACCCGCCUCCCCCCCUGUGGUCAAGGUGGAGGUCUUCUACAACUCCGAGUACAGCAUGCCCUCCACGCACGCCAUGACGGGGACAGCCAUCCCCUUCUGUCUCUUCAUGCUGACCUAUGGACGGUGGCAGUACCCGUUCCUGUUGGGCUUUUGUGUGGCUCUCAGCUGGAGCGUCCUGGUGUGUGUGAGCCGGGUCUACAUGGGCAUGCACUCUGUUCUGGAAGUCAUCACCGGCUUCCUCUACAGCCUCCUGGUCCUCGCCUUCUUCCAGCCCAUCUUGGACAAGAUCGACAACUACUACAUGACGGACCGCUACGCCCCUCUGGUCAUCGUCGCGUCACACGUGAGCCUGGGCCUCCUGGCCUUCUCCCUGGAUUCGUGGAGCACCUCCCGGGGCGACACCGCUCAGGCCCUCGGCACGGGGGCCGGCGCAGCGCUGGCCUCCCAUGUGAACUACCAGCUGGGGCUGCUGCAGGACCCGCCGCCGUCCUCGCUGCCUCUGACUCUGCCGCCCAUCACCGCGGGCCUGGUGUCGCGCGCGCUGCUGCGCUUCGCCGUCGGGGUCGCCGUCCUCCUCGCCACGAGGAUGGCCAUGAAAGCAGUGACCAUCCCGUUCCUGUGCCGCCUGUUCGGCCUGCCCCCGGACGACGUGAGACAGGCGAGGCAGCAGAUGAAAGUGGAGCUGCCGUACCGCUACAUCGUCUACAGCGUCGUUGGUUUUAGUUGCGUCUGCUUCGCGCCCGUCCUCUUCUGGAUCCUAAACCUUGACUGAGCGUUGCGUGCGAACUGUCUGGACGUCCCGAUGGACCUUGGCAGAUUGUUUCUGGGCUACAGAAGCACGUUGAAGGAUACAUCUGAUGACAUUAGAGUCAAUACACCCCACCAGAAAACCACAAAAGGGAUUCAUUACAUCAAGUAUUGUCUCAGCCAAAGAAGAUCCUAAAAAAAAAAAACUAUUAGUAAACCCCAACUAUAACUUAUUGAAAAUAAAUGCUACAUUUAUUCCCAAAUUGCUAUAUUAGUAUAGAUUUGGCCCACUGAUGCGCUUAGUUUUUACGUUUUCUUUAGUAAGAGCGGUGCAUCGUCAAUGAAAAUAAUUUUUUUUAACUUUCUUUAUGAAAUCACAAAAGCAUAAAACAGGAUUAGAGCUUUACCAAUCAGGCUUUUCCUGACCAAUACCGAUUUCCCUGUUUUUUGACCCACCGAAUAUUUGACUGAUCCCAACUCUUGAGUUGUUCUGAAGAACUAUAUGUGAUUUUAAAAUAUAGAAGAAAUUUUUGCUACAGUUUUUGUCUUUUAAGGUUGAAGUUUUGAUUAGAACAGAAAAUGAAGGAAUUGCAUGAUUAUGCAUCCAAGGAUUUGUCCCCAAGCCUUUGACAAAAAAAAUAAAUUGUUAGCUGUUGAUGCAGUUAUUUAAUUGGAAAAAAGAAAUCUGAAGGAAAAUUAGCUGAUUCUGAUCUUUGGCCAGUAGAUUGGUGCAUCUUUACUCAUAAUACCCUUUUCUUUUUUAAUAUACAGCUCUCUCUCUCUACAAUUAUUGGCAAACAUCUGCCUCUUUUCCAUUUUGAAGAAUCGCUAAAAGAAGUGCGCUUCCAUGGCAGUAAAUGCGGAGUGCGCUGCAAGUGAAAAGAAAAACAUUUGUUACUAACUUUUUAGUAUUUUGGCACAGAACGCGUUCAGUUAAAGACGAUAGUUAAAAAACUAUUGCUAUUUAUUAACAUUUCCAGACUCUUUUUUUUUUUUUUUUUUGUAGUAUUGAUUACAAAAUCAAAAACACCCAAGGUUACAGAUUUUGUCCUUUAAGGAUCUGCCUUUUGUCAAGAGAUUUAGGUUUCAGCUGGACCUUUGCAAGUACGACAUAUGUCAGAUGUACUGUGAGGGUUUUGUGUUCAGCAUUGAACCUUUUUCACAUUUAACACUUUUGGAAAGUUUCAUGUUAUCUGAGUAAGUUCAAACCACAGAUCAGUGGAGAUCUCAUUUCGCUGCAGUAUUCCAACUGAAUCUUAAAAGUGUUUUAAGUCCUCGUGCUUCAGGGAAGUCGAUCAGUUUUUGCUUUCUAUCUAUUUUAUUUUUUGUGCUUUCACUAGUUUUCUGGUUCACCCUGUUCACCAUUUUCCUUUAUUCAUUUCAGUAUUUCUGUCCGUUUAACCAAGAUGGAAGUACACUGAGAAAUAACGAAACAUAUUUUUGAUAAAUCACCAGUUUUUUUGCUCUAGAAAUUAAUAAUCUGUAAAACGGUCUCUUAUUUAUUGUUUUCCAAAAGCAUUUUAGCUCGCCUUUGUGUACAGCAAUAUGUGAAAACUUUGACUCGACAAGUUUUGCUAUUGAUGUCCCUGUUUGUAAUUUGUUGUUCUGAAAUAAGUUGAUUCGUUUAUUAAAGCCAGUAUAUUUCAAUAUAUAGAUAUUUUACCAUCAUCAGUUAUUCUUUUUUCUUCGCUUGUGUCAGGGCAGUGCACAUUAAUAACAUGGAAACAAGUACAAAAAUAAACUUUUUGCUGUUCUGCCA